CGCUGAGAAACCAGUUGAAGCACAUCUGGACAGCUGUGCUGAGAAAGUCUGUGGGCCCCUUCCAGGCCUGCCAUCCACAAGGCACGUCUCCCACGUUGCCUCCUGCUAGCCACUUACUACUUAUUUAUUUUUCCCAAGAAGCAAUCAGCAACCCAAGCUUGAAUCCCACCCCACCCCAUGCGAGGCGCGGCCACAUCACGUUCAACACAGUUUAAUUUUUAUGGGGCUUUGCGAUCAAAAGAACAGAAACAGCAACAAAAGCCCAGCCGCUGUCUGAUCCUAACUGGCAAGGUGGGGAAAGUCAGGUCCUGAGUAACCAGACCAAGCUGGAUCAUGGGGAGUUUCAAAGGUCACGCUCUCCCUGGAUCGUUCUUCAUUAUCAUGAGCCUUUGGUGGGCUACAAAGAGUAUUAUGAAAUAUGUCUACAGAAAGCAAACUAGGACCUGCUACCUUAGUUCCAAAACAUUAUUCCGUAGAGCAGAGAUUUGGGAAGGAGUUAUUGUAAUCUUCAUGAGUAUUACUGGUAUGCUUGGGGAACAAUUUAUCUCAGGAGGACCCCGCCUGAGAUUGUAUGAAGGUGGCCAGUGGAAUCAACUCCUGGGAUGGCAUCACACAACCAUGUACUUCUUCUUUGGGCUACAGGGUGUGGCCCAAAUCCUAUGUUUCACUACCAAUGCAGUUCCGCUUUCCUUAAGCAAGUUAAUGUUAGCAAAUGCCAUCUUUGUGGAGGCAUUUAUCUUCUCCAACCACACACAUGGUCGGGAAAUGCUGGAUGUCUUUGUGCACCAGCUUCUGGUCUUCAUCACUAUUUUACUGGGUCUGGUUACCUUCAUUGAGUUCCUCACAAAGAACAAUGUAGUUCUGGAGCUCCUGCGGGCGAGUUUCUUCCUUCUACAAGGGACCUGGUUCUGGCAGCUUGCUUUUGUCCUGUACCCUCCUAAUGGAAGACCUAAAUGGAAUAUGGAAGACAUUGAGAAUAAAGUGUUUCUCACCAUGUGCUUUGCUUGGCAUUAUGCAUCAACCUUUAUCGUCCUUGGAGCUUUAUAUGCUUUUAUCACCUGGCUGACAUCUGAGCCUCAUCUUCUUAGAGGCCGGGCAUUCUUCAGGAACAGUGCCAGGAUGCAAGAAAAAACUCUGCUUCCGGUCCGCUCCCCUCCAGAGCCAACAGAAGACUACUGUCUCUUCCUGUUUCAAAAGCCUUCAGAUACCCAAUAAAUGGCUUGUCCACUUACAGGUUAGUUAAAUCUAGACUUAGAAAGGUCUGCACUUCGGAAGUUGGACUCCUGAAAAAUGCUGAACGUGAGCAAGAAUCAGAAGAAGAAGUGUGAUUUUGAUGGGCAUCCGGUCUUUCUAGACAAACCUUCUCUUGUUGUCUUGCCUUUGUUCGUGGCUUUG